AUGGACAAUGUGUCAGAAUUUCUCGCCCACCUCUACGAGUUCCCUGAGGGUGAGUUCAUGGGUCCGGAAGUGGACCAAGAACAGUUCUUGGUCCAUUGGGGUUACACGAUUUACAGAACAUAUUAUGGUCCUGCGUCUGAUGAAAAGUGGGCAAAGCUGCUUAAAAACAUCAUCAAUGGCGUGGAAAACAGUCUUAACGAGCUAGAAAGAGGUCCGCCGAUAUUCGUUGUCAAUCCCGUCAAAUGCGCUUCCCAGCCCAGCGAAAAUGUGUGUCUCGCCUCGAACAACGACACACGUCUCGCAUCACGCGUUGCCCUUGACAAUCGGUUUGCCCCCAAUGGCAUCAUUGGCGCUCAAGAUGGAACAGACGUUUAA